GUUACUUUCUCCAGCGGGAAAAAUGGCAUCUGUUGCAGUUGACCCACAACCGAGCGUGGUGGCUCGGGUGGCCAACCUGCCCUUGGUGAGCUCCACGUAUGAUCUUGUGUCCACGGUGUAUGUCAGCACAAAGGACCAGUACCCCUACUUGAGGUCCGUGUGUGAGAUGGCAGAGAGGGGUGUGAAGACCAUGACCUCGGUAGCCGUGACGAGUGCUUUGCCAAUCAUCCAGAAGCUGGAGCCACAAAUUGCAGUUGCCAAUACCUAUGCCUGUAAGGGGUUAGACAGGAUUGAAGAGAAACUGCCUAUUCUGAAUCAGCCAACAACCCAGGUUGUGGCCAGUGCCAGAGGUGCUGUGACUGGGGCAAAAGAUGCUGUGACGACUACUGUGACUGGGGCCAAAGAUUCUGUGGCCAGCACAAUCACAGGAGUGGUAGACAAAACGAAAGGAGCAGUGACUGGCAGUGUGGAGAAGACCAAGUCUGUGGUCAACGGCAGUAUUAACACAGUCUUGGGGAGUCGGAUGGUGCAGUUUAUGAGCAGUGGAGUUGAAAAUGCACUCACUAAAUCAGAGCUGCUGGUAGACCAGUACCUCCCUCUCACUGAGAAGGAGCUAGAAAAAGAAGCCAAAAAACUUGAAGGAUUUGAUUUGACUCAGAAGCCAAGUUAUUAUGUCAGACUGGGAUCCCUGUCUACCAAGCUCCGCUCACGUGCCUACCAGCAGGCUCUCAGCAGGGUUAAAGAAGCUAAGCAAAAAAGCCAAGAGACCAUUUCUCAGCUCCAUUCCACGUUUCACCUGAUUGAAUUUGCCAGGCAGAAUGUGUAUAGUGCCAACCAGAAAAUUCAGGACGCCCAGGAUAAGCUCUAUCUCUCAUGGGUGGAGUGGAAGAGAAGCAUCGGUUAUGAUGAUACGGACGAAUCCCACUGUACCGAGCACAUCGAGUCACGUACUCUUGCUAUUGCCCGCAACCUGACUCAGCAGCUCCAGACCACGUGCCACACCCUCUUGUCCAGCAUCCAAGGGUUACCACAGAACAUCCAAGAUCAGGCCAAUCACUUGGGGGUGAUGGCUGGCGACAUCUACUCCGUGUUCCGCCGUGCUGCCUCCUUUAAGGAAGUAUCUAACAGCCUUACUUCUAGCAAGGGGCAGCUGCAGAAAAUGAAGGAAUCUUUAGAUGAUGUGAUGGAUUAUCUUGUUAACAACACACCCCUCAACUGGCUGGUAGGUCCCUUUUAUCCUCAGGUGACUGAGUCUCAGAAUGCUCAGGACCACGGUGCAGAGAUGGACAAGACCAGCCAGGAGGCACAGGAAUCUGAGCACAAAACUCAUUAAGCCUGUUCCUGCCACUAAUGCAUGAUGCAGCCAACCAGAUAACAUCUUUUAUUAUGCUGAAAUUAACCUGCUAGACCGCUCUAAAUUGGGAAACAGCCACUUGAGUGGCUGGAUGACAAGCUUUAAAGUUCCCAGCUGGAUUACAAGCUUUAACGUUUCUGGCAUUAAUAAGGGAGCUGUUUACCUGGCUGGUAAGAAGUGUGUAAUAGGCUUGUCAGAGUUUAGCCAGAAUUCCCACAAAGUUCAAGUGCACUUAUCAUCUCCUGUGACCAUUUUAUGGCCACGGUUAUUCUCUGUAUUGAAUAAAAAUACCCUGAAGUUUAAGCUGGAGUCUGUUCCAAUCUGAUUUUGGUGGCUCCAUCAUUGGUUUAUCUCAUGACGCAUGUUUGUACAAAUUGAUUUUAGUUUUUUAUUUCUUACAAAGGAGUGCCACCUUUGGACCCAAUAAAAUUCACUGCAGAAUAGA